AUGGGAAAGAUGAGUGAAAAGAAGAACCAUGAAGAGCUUAGGUUAAAGGACAUAGAGUUUGAAAAGACCACACCAGCCCCACUUCCCAGUUAUUUUUAUAUGGAAAUGGUCCCGAAUAUUGAUACAAGAUCCUACUCAAAUGCAUUAGAUAGCGAUUAUAAGAUCAUACACACCCCAAUAACAGAGAUGUUUCCAAUUGAUGUGCUGGCAGAGAUGAGAAGCCUCGAUGAUACUAAAACAGAGAGUUGGCUCAGACAAGGAACACAGAUAGAUAGUCUGUACUACCAAGAGAAGAGUGAUAGAAAUGAGCUGUUGAUGCGAGAUGAACAGAAACAUACCAUUGAAGAUGUCCUGGAUUAUCAGAAGUAUUUGCAAGGUACAUUUGAGAAAGUGAGCGAUCCUGUUAAUGACAUCAUAGAAGAGUAUCCGCUCCUGCUAUGCGACGAUGACUAUGUAAUAAUGACAAGUGACGUUGAAAAUACAGGCACUUUUAGACUUGAAAAGGGAGAAACUUCUUUGGUAGACAGAUGCAUUAUCGAUGAUCAACUUAACGGUAGUAGCAAAGUGUAUGACAGUACCAAGCUCCAUGUUGAAGAUAAGAUUUGUAUAGAAAUUAAGAAUGAAAAGGCCUUUUAUUCAGCGAUAAGAUAUGUUUAUAGAUUGUCAGGUGGCGAAAACUAA